AGGAGGAGACGAGCCCCUCCUCCACACCCAGGUGGCGAGUGGCCGAGAAACGGACCUUAGUGAAAUUUCGAGCUGGACCCGAGCUCUUUUCAAGAAUGGAAGCGAUUGGAGUGUUUUCCUUCGGGCCGGAAGCUCUUGAGCGUCGACCGCCCGCCGUGGCUGAUGAUCUCAGACGUGUUCUCGUCAUUUGCAGGAGUCGACGUUGGUUUUGCUCUUUCUUUCGCACCCCUAAGACGGAGGCAACCGGAGGAAUCACGUGGCACGGGCCAAAGGUUUAUGCCGACGGAUACUGGGUUUUCCCCCCCUUGGAACGAGGAAGGCCGUUCUGUAGUACGAUAGCCGGAAGACGAUUAAUUAGCGUGGCAACGUUUAAGACCAAACGUAGGGGCCUCAGGCAUUAAUUAUGUUUCAUUUUCUUUCCACAGUUAAGUUGGUUUUACAGAAUUAUCAGGUCUUCCGAGCAAAAACAGGUAAGCUGCCUAGAGGCUAAUGCCUUUCGCUGAGCAUUCGCCGAGACCGUGGCUUCUCUCACGGGGCUCCUCCCGGAAUAUGGAAUUGCAUUUCUUUUCAUUUGCCCGGGUCUUGGCCCCAUCUUCAAGAUCAGAGGUACAUUACCGUUAAAAGGCAGUGCGUAUCGGUGAACAGGGCUUGUCCACCGGCAGAGCGACCUGUCUGCAAAUGUACCGUUCAUCCCGGUCGGUCGGUCACUGUAAUUUGAAAGCUGUCCUGUUUUUCUUCCACGGCCCGUCCUCUGAAGACACUUCGGUGCAACAAGGAGCUCCCGGUGAGGACCGACACGAUUCUGGCCUUUCGUUUUUUAAAGCAGCACUCGCUGGCGGGCGGAAGCCAGGCCGUGGGAGACUUAGCUAUCUCUGGCGUCCUUUCCUUUUCCGAGUAGGCGUCGGUGGACUGUUUCGGUGAGGUGGAAGUUGUCUCAGCUCAGUUGGGGGAGUCCCGUCAGAUGAGUUCGUUCAUCUAGGCUAGCCCCUCUCCCGAAUCCUCGGGAGAGUCGGUACAUCACGACCCGAGUCGGCCGGCCUUGUAAACGGUGACCGAGACGGGAGCCUGCUCGCUAAAGGUUUAGUCUGUGACGAUCCCGUUAAAAGAGUACUAAAGACUUGCUGUUAUGUGUGCCUUUUUGUCUGCAGGUUAUUGCUGUGGUUUGAGCUCAGCAUGGCUGUAGUCAUCCGUUUACAGGGGCUUCCUGUGGUUGCGGGGCCCGUGGAUAUUCGCCACUUCUUCUCGGGAUUGAAUAUUCCUGAUGGAGGAGUGCAUAUAAUUGGAGGAGAAAUUGGGGAGGCUUUUAUUAUUUUUGCGACAGACGAAGACGCUCGACGCGCUAUGAGCUGUUCAGGAGGGUUUAUCAAGGACUCGCUCAUUGAGCUGUUUCUUAGCAGCAAGACAGAAAUGCAGAACACGAUAGAGAUGAGCCGGAAAAGAUUUGACCGCGGUGGAAGAGACCCACCUGGCUGCAAACGACCGGGAUCUGGUAUUUCCGGGGCAUCGGGGCUUAGCAGCCUGUCCAGUUUAGUCGAGGCUAUUAAGAAAGGAAUGAGCAAGCCCGGGGCGGGUAAUCCCGAGGCCGGCUUUCACACCAACGGGACGAGACACGGCGACUCGGGGUCGAGAAAAGACACCCGGCCGUUCAAGCCGGAGGACCGUUACCUGUUCUUACACGGGAUGCCGUACUCGGUGACGGAGGACGAAGUGCACGCCUUCUUUUCCGGAUUGCGCGUGGACGGGGUGCUCUUGCUGAAGCACCACAACGGUCGAAACAACGGCGAUGGCCUCGUGAGGUUUGCGACGGCCCACGACGCCCUAGGAGGCCUGCAGCGCCACAGGCGCUACAUGGGCCCCAGGUUCGUGGAGAUCAGUCCCGCUUCCGAACGGCAGUGGGUCGAUUCCGGCGGCGGCCUGGGCUCGGAGAUGGAAGUGGGCCGCAUCCGAAGCAAAGAGCGUUCCCCGCCGCGGGGAAUUGGCGACCUACGCCUAAAAAAGCGCUCCCGCUCCAGGUCUCCGAGGAGACUGAGAACGCGUUCGCGCUCCCCUCGCAGCCCCGGCUUCUACGUGCAUUUGAAAAACCUCUCUCUGAGCACGGAGAAGAAGGACAUCAAGGGCUUCUUCCGGAACAUCGACCUGACUAGUAAUCAGAUCAAAUUUCUGUACAAGGACCAGAAGAGGACCAGGUCGGCCUUUGUGAUGUUCAAGACCCUGAGGGACUACAACGAGGCCCUGUGCUUGCACAAGGCCGUCAUGCGGCAGCGUCCCGUUCACGUCGACCCCAUCUCGAAAAAGACCAUGUUGAAAUUCAUCGACGCCUACGAGAGGAGAGGCGCGGGAGCCCUGGAUAAGGAGAGGCCUUCCCAGGCGAUGCCGGACAAGAGCUACCGGGAGGGGUACCCCGGCCCCAAGUUGUGCGUCUACAUCCGGAAUUUUCCUUUUGACGUCACGAAAAUCGAAGUGCAGAAAUUCUUUGCGGGCUUCCCGGUCGAAGAGGAGGACGUCUACCUGCUCUACGACGACAAGGGGGUCGGGCUCGGGGAGGCCCUGGUGCGGUUCAGGUCGGAAGAACGGGCCCUGGAAGCCGAAACCUUAAAUCGCAAAAGGUUCCUGGGGACUGAGGUGCUGUUGAGACUUAUAUCCGAGAAACAGAUGCAGGAGUUCGGGGUGAGCGUGCCGCUGAUGCCCGGCGAGAAGAUCCAAGACCACUCCCGGGCCUACGAGAGGGACGGGCGUCUUCGUUCGAUGGACGGCCAGGGACCGCCGAUGGCCUCCUUCGGCCCGCCGGGAGCCUUCAGGCACCCCCCGGACGAUUUCGGCCCACUGGACCGUUUUAGACCCCCUCCCGAGGAGUUCCUCCGUCCGCCUGGGGAAUUCAGAGCUCUUCGCCCUUUUCUGAAUUUUGGUCCCGAGGGGGAACCUUUCGGCAGGCUUGAGUUCGGGAAGAGUAACCUGGGCGGUUUUCCGGAAGGAAGGUUUCUGCCCGAUCCGAACUUCAGCUGUGGUUCGGGGCGGAUCACCCCCGUUAAAAUUAGGAAUCUCCCCUUUAAAGCUACUGUCAAUGAAAUUUUGGACUUCUUCCACGGGUACAGAGUCAUACCGGAAUCGGUUUCCAUACAGUUUAACGAGCAGGGCUUGCCUUCAGGCGAUGCCAUUGUUGCCAUGACAGACUACGAUGAGGCAGUGGCUGCUAUUAAUGAGCUGAACGACAGACCGGUUGGCCCACGGAAAGUGAAGUUACUUUUGCUGUAGAGGCUGCUCCUAAGGACGGAAACUAACACCAUUUUUUCCGCCCCGCAGUAUUGGUGCACUAAGAUGCGUUCUUCUA